AUGCCGUCCCGCCUUCCAUGGGCAGCACGGCUGCCCUGCCGGCACUCUGUCCUCCGAUCAAUUGUCCACAUCGCGUCGGCAGCUCGUUCCAAUCUAACCCUAGAACAACCCCACGCUUCCAGUACUCACAAGAUUGUAAUCCAGCCAUCUUCGCCUUCCUCUCCGGCGACGGCGACCCACGGCCCCGCCGACAAUCAAUUUUCCUUCCCUGAAAGGUCCAAGUUUUCCCUCCGACAAACCAGGCCCAGGCCAGGGAAAAGCUCUGGUCUUUGA